GGUUCAAAUACUUGAGAGUACCGGUAGGGUGGUGGUGGAGGUACUCGAGUAUUGCCAUGAUCCAGUGAAUGAGUGGUCUAGCGCUUAUUGCUUUUGCUCGCUUUGCUCUGCUUUCGGGAGGGGGACGAGUGGCUGAGGUUGAGCGAGGAUUAUCUCCCAGCGCUUUGCCUGCUGGCUUCGUUUCUACUCUCUUGCUUCUCUUCUGUUCCUUCCCUUUCAUUUCCUGGAAAUCUCUCGCGAUCCUUCCCCCUCUUCGUUCACCGUCUGUUCGUCCCGGCCACCCCCCUCCCCUUAUACUCCUUCACAAUCCCUCCAACGGGACCCGAUUGAAGGAUUAAGACAAUCAGGAUAGUAAAAUAAAGUAAAAAAUAGAGUCGGGAGGAAAAUAGGGACGCUCGAAAUGUGGUUCAACCCCCUCUCAGCCGCACUCCUCUAUGGACUACUGUCAACAACCAUCGUCGUCGCGCAAACCGGUCUUCCCACGGGUUUCCCUCCUGCGAGCGCCUCUGCUAUGGAUACUCUCAGCCCGGCGUCGACAGCGUCGCAGGGCCAGGGACUGAAGGGGGGCAGCGGGACCGGAAAUAAUCGUAACUUAAAGGAAGGGGCAUCCGCUAUGGAUACGGCUGCUCAGGGUUCCACUACCCCCACCGCUGGCUCUGCUCGGCCAUCGUCAGCAAAGAGUUCCAGUAAUACUGGAGCUAUAGCUGGAGGAGUUAUCGGCGGGGUGCUCUUCCUAUUGCUUGUUGGCGCUUUGUUAUUAUUUUUGAGGAAAAGGAGGAGGACCCGUGAUCAGUUUGGUUCUGAGGAGAAAUCUGCCGACGAAACGGCGGCCAACUACGACGGCCCAUCCCUCCCCCCCGUCCCUCCCGCCGCAGCUUCGGAGUCACCCCACCCUCAUCACAGCCCGGCAGCUCCGAACGAAGCCCAUGCUUUAAUGUCCCAUUACGGCGACACACAACCACAGCAGAUGCCCCAGGAAGUCCAACCAGUCAUCAUGCCGGCCAAGCCAUACGACGUGAACUCCUCGUCUCGCGAAAUUCGUGGUAGUGAUGAAGACGAUGACGGCGUCUCGAUCAAUAGUCCUUCACCGGUAACUACGCCAAGUCCCGAACGACAGCAGGAACAGCAGAGGAGUGUGCCGAGAUUGCCGAUUUAUCAGGGAGGAAGGAGGGACGACGUCGGGGGGGAUACACCGCCCCCGGCAUUAUAAUGUUUUGGUCGGUUGGUGGGUUGUGGCGAGGAAAAAGAGGUGGGGGGAAAUGUAUUCAUUUUUAACUAUUUUUUUGUAUAGGAUUGUAUUCGAAUGAUUGGAGUGUCGAUCUUAUUCUUUCUUGACGCUCAUUUUUUGCUGGAUGGGAGAUGGUGCUACUGAAUUUACUUAUUUAUUUAGUUCCCGA